AUGGCGCUGCCGCCGAAGAUUCUAAUUGUCGGAGGAGGUGUCUUCGGCCUAUCUACGGCUCUCUCCCUCCGCGAGCGCCAUCCGGCCUCGCAGAUCACACUGGUGGAAUCAGCGUCCGCAAUCCCCAACCCACACGGCUCUUCCGUAGACACAUCGCGCAUCGUGCGCGCCGACUACGCCAGCGCCGCAUACAGCCGGCUCGCCAACGCAGCCGUCCAGCGCUGGCGCUCGACCUCCUGGGGCGCGGACGGCCGGUACACGCAGAACGGCCUGCUGCUGGUGUACCCCAGCGACAGCCCGAGCGCGCAGGCAUACGCGCGCAAGAGCUACGCCAACGUACGGGCCAUUGAGGGCGAGAAUGUCGUUUUCCUGCCCAGCCAGAAGGAUGUACUUCGCGUUGUGCCGCCGUAUGGCGAGGAGUUGGAUGUUGCGGGGGGAUACGUGAAUUGGGGGUCUGGUUGGAGCGAUGCCGCGGCGGGUGUGCGGUUUGCCAAGGGCUUACUGGAUGCGGAGGGGAAGACUGUGUUCAGGACAGGUGAGGUUGAGAGGGUGCUGUUUGAGGAGGGGGCCAGCAGCCCUCACGCAAAACCGAAGGCUACCGGGGUGGCGCUGGUGGGCGGGGAGACGAUCGAGGCGGACCUGGUGGUGCUGGCAACGGGGGCGUGGACGGGCAAGCUGGUGGAUUUGCGGGGCAAGGCCGUGGCGACGGGCCAGGCGAUUGCGUAUAUCAAGAUUAGCGACGCCGAGCAGAAGGAGCUGGAGAAUCUGCCGACUAUCCUGAACUUUGCCACAGGUAUUUUCAUGAUUCCGCCGCGCGGCAACCUGCUCAAGAUCGCCCGCCAUGCGUAUGGGUAUCGCAAUCCGACGACGGUGCCUGUGCCGGGGGUGAGCCCGUCAGGCCAGACGAUGCAGGUUAGUCUGCCUGAGACGGGCGUGCCGGUUCCGUUGGAGGGCGAGGAGGCUUUCCGCGACGCGCUGAGACAGCUGCUGCCGCGGUUUGUCAACCGGCCGUUUGCUGAGACGCGGAUCUGCUGGUACAUGGAUACUCCCACGGGCGACUUCCUCGUCUCCUACCACCCCGAAUACGAGGGCCUCUUCCUUGCGACGGGCGGAAGUGGACAUGCCUACAAGUUCUUCCCUGUCAUUGGAGACAAGGUGGUUGAUGCGAUGGAGGGCACGUUGGAACCCGAGUUCCGGGAUCUGUGGACGUGGAAUGAGAUUGUGGCGCAGAAGACGGACACAGAUGAUCUGUUCGAUGGUGAUGGCAGUCGGACUGGCGCAAGGAACGCGAUCUUGAAAGAUGAGUUGGCCCGAACGAAGAAGGCUGCGAGGAAGGGUGUUCUGUAG